UAUAAUAUACUCGUAACUUAAUCUAAUUCUAUUCCUAAUUUAAUUUAAUUCAAUCGUAAUUUAAUUCUAUUCUAUUCUAUUCUAUCAUAUUAUUCAGCUAAUAAAACUAUAGAAAUAGUUUGAAAAAAACUUACCUCAUUUGCCCAAACUGCUUCAAUCCGAUGGUGACCAUGCCCCCAAAGAAGUUCUGGAUCCAUCGGAGCAGUAUCGAUUGUCGCAGGUGGUGGUCUCAUCGAACAAGGAUCGAUAAACCUAGGAACUGGAAAAAAAAUAUUAGAACAUAUCGCCGGGAAAAAAAAGUCGCCGCCGGCAAGAAUCCGACACUCACUCCUGUAGCGUUCGCCGCCGCCGCCGUCACUGCCGCCGCCACGCUGCCCUCGGCCUCUUCCUCUGCCGCCGGGGGCCUGCUGCUCGUCGUCGGACAUUCCGCGUCGCCGCUGUUGCUGGGGCGCCUUCGCUUUCUUCCUCGCGCCGCCGCCUGGGUCUGAGGCGCUGCCUCCUUAAUCUGGGCGUCGCCGCUGGUAGGGUGAAGGAGGGGUCGGGAUGGAGGAGGAUGAAGGAGGUCGGGAUGGAGGGAGGAUGUGGUCUGGUCUGGUGCGAGAGGGCGAGGAAGGGAAUUAAAAAAACAAAGGAGCAUAGCGAUG